AUGCUUUAUCGUAGUAAUUUAAUUAAAACCUCACAACGAUGUUAUUCAAGUGGAUCUCGACUAAAUGCAUUUAUUAAAUCAAAAUUAAUGUCAGCUGAAGAUAUUGCAGAAAAACUUCCUGAAAAAGUAACACUAGGCGCAUCUGGUUUUACACCGGCUGGUUAUCCAAAAGUAGUCCCCGGUGCCUUUGCUCGAAGAAUUGAAAAUUCUAAGAAUCCAGAAAAGUUUUCAAUUAAUUUAUAUACUGGCGCAUCGACUGGUGAUGAACUUGACGGAGUUUUAGCACGUACAGGGAGAUUAAAAUUAAGAAUUCCCUAUCAAUCACACCCCGAUAUUAGAAGUUUAAUUAAUAAAGGAAAAUUAAAUUAUAUUGAUAUGCAUUUAAGCCAUGUUAGCAAGUAUAUUCGAGAAGGAAUAUUCCCAUCAAUUGAUGUUGCUGUGAUUGAAGCUUGUGAUGUCACUGCUGAUGGUAGAAUUUAUUUAACUAAUUCAAGUGGAAUGAGUGCAACAUAUUUAGCUUUAGCUAAAGAUAUUUAUAUUGAAUUAAAUGAAGCACAUCCAUUAGAAAUGAAAGGUCUUCAUGAUAUAUAUUUACCUGAGCUUCAUACUGGAAGACCAAUUAAUAUUGAUUAUGUUGAUGAUAGAAUUGGCACACCAUAUGUUCGUGUUAAUCCUGAGAAAAUAAAAGGAAUCGUUUUAACAAAUGAAUAUGAUUCAUCUCCAGGUUUUAAAAAACCUGAUGAGGCCAGUUUUAAAAUAGCAAAUCAUAUUCUUGAAUUUAUUCUUCACGAAAUAAAGCAUGACAGAAUUCCAAAAAGUUUACUUCCAUUUCAAUCGGGUGUUGGCAACGUAGCUAAUGCUGUUUUGGCGUGUAUAGCUCGAGAUAAUCGGUUUAAAGCUAUUGAAAUGUAUACUGAAGUAAUACAAGAUUCAAUAUUUGAUUUACUUGAUAGUGAUAAACUUCGUUUUGCAUCAACAACAGCAUUAACGUUUUCACCAGAAGGACAAAAACGCUUUCAUGAACAAUUACAUGAUCUCAAGUCAAAGUUUAUUUUACGUCCAAUGGAAAUAUCGAAUAAUCCAGAAGUGAUUCGUCGAAUCGGUCUUAUUACAAUGAAUACAGCAUUAGAAGCGGAUAUUUAUGGAAAUGUUAAUUCAACACAUGUUCUUGGGUCUUCUAUGAUGAAUGGAAUUGGUGGAAGCGGAGAUUUUACUAGAAAUGCUUAUUGCUCAAUAUUUAUGACUCCAUCAAUAGCUAAAGGUGGAAAAAUUUCAGCAUUUGUUCCAAUGGUGUCACAUGUUGAUCAUAAUGAACAUUCUGUUCAAAUAAUGGUUAGCGAACAAGGUUUAGCUGAUUUACGUGCUAAAAGUCCCAAGGAACGAGCUAAAUUAAUUAUUGAAAAAUGUGCUCAUCCAAUGUACAAAGAUCUAUUAAGAGAUUAUUUUCAACAUGCUCAACAUGUUUCAUUUGGUCAACAUACACCACACGAUCUUAAACAAGCUCUUUCAUGGCAUGUUCGACUACAAGAAACUGGUUCUAUGCAUCCUGAUUAUAAAAAAUUAGAAGAUAUAAUAGAAAACACUCAACAAAAUGUCGUUCAAAGAAUCGCUUUGAGAAAUUAA